AUGACUGUUGAGCAUUUUCGAGCAGCUAAAAGCAGAGAACGAUUCUACGAAUGUUCGCCACUAAACGACGAUGAAGUUCGUGAAUAUUCAUUAGGCGAAAAAUAUCUGGGAGUAUGGAAUCAAAGAAACUGCCCGAAAAAUUUUGAAUUUGAUGAGACAAAACAGCGUUGUAUUGAGCACAAAAAACUUCGAAGACAACAAGCAGCAUGCAGCAUAAAUCCAACAAGCGUUGGAUGUCAACCAGGAUGUCAAAUAGACAACAUAGAUCCACAGAAACAGUUUCAAUAUAGGCAAGCAUGUGGCGAAUGGGUUCGAAUGCCUUGUACACCGGGAACGGUAUUUGAAGUUAGAGCACAAAUUUGUAUACCGCAGCAGAUCAAUGAACUCGGUUCUACCGCUUGUUCUGCCGGUUCGUCACCAGUAUGUUCUUGUGCUCAGAACUCUGACGUGAACAUUUGCCCUGGUGAAUCAAGGUGUGCGAAGAAAAGAUUACUAUUUUCAGCUAUUUGCCCAGAUUUUAGCCUUCCAGCGGCAAUGUGUUCACCAACUGCCGGUUGUCCUACCGGAACCACGUGUAAUUUGCAGUUAGAUUUAUGUUGCCCAACUCAGCCUGGCGGAUCCUUCAAUGUGGUUCUAUUAUGUCCAAAUGGUUCUCCAGCGUCGCAGUCGUGCGGUUACAUGAAUCAAUGUCCAUCAGGCAUGGGAUGCUACGAGGGAGCGUGUUGCCCUUUAGCAUGUCCAAAUGGUCAAAGUGCAACGGGUUUCUGUGGCCAAGCCUCUUCGCCAUGCCCACAAUCGGCAAGUUGUGUCGCGGGUUGCUGCUGUCAACAGCAACAACAGCCUACUAUUCGUCUUCCUGUUUGUCCAAAUGGCCAGUCUUCGACGGCAGCUUGCAGAUUUGACCGAGACUGUGGACCAGCAAUGGAAUGCUCCAGUGGUGGUUGUUGUCCGAUGCCUUUCUGUCCAAGUGGAUCCCAAGCAACUGGACGAUGCCUAUUGGGUGCUGGAUGUGAAAGUUCUUCAGUCUGUAUCGACGGUUUGUGUUGUCCGUUGCCGACUUGUCCAUCCGGUGGUCUAGCCACUCGGGUAUGUAUUUCUUCUUUGGAAUGUGGCCCUGGUUACGAAUGCAUCAAUGGUGGUUGUUGUCCGUUACCUUCUUGUCCAAAUGGACAGAUUUCUACGCAAAGAUGUGACAAUGGCUGCUGCUGUCCAACUGGGCAGCAGUGCAUAAAUGGUGUAUGCUGUACAUUGCCUACGUGCCCUGGAGGUUUCGUCGCUAUUUCAAUCUGCACUCCAAGUGAUCCGUGUGGACCGGGCAUGGAAUGCAAUGGCGGUGGCUGUUGUCCAUUGCCACUUUGCCCUUCUGGACUUCAGGCGACACAAAGAUGUCAAGGCCCCGGUACUUGCCUUGACAAUCAGAUUUGUGAAAAUGGAGUGUGCUGCCCUAGUCCGGUUUGUUCAACGGGACAAUACGCAAUGCAGCUUUGCGGAUUUGGAAACUCGUGUCCAAUCGGCUACAUAUGCGAGGGCAGGGGAUGUUGUCCUGAACCAAUGCCUUUGUGUCCUAAUGGAGGUAGAGCAACCCAGAAAUGCGAACGUGGAACCGAAUGCCCUCCAGGUUACGGGUGUACUCCGCUUGGCGGAUGUUGCCUUCUGUCGAUGGAUCCAGUUUGUCCAGCCCAGCAAAGCCCAGUAUGUCAGUGUUCACCAACAAGUGCAUGUCCAGCCUUUUCAAACUGUGUGAUGGGCACUUGUUGCACAAACGCGGUUGCUGCAUAUGAACAAGUUCCUGGAACCACCUGUCAGACAUCUUCGCAGUGCAAUGGCUAUAGCAACGACUGCGCUGAAUGCAUAGCGACAAUUUGUGUUUGCGUCAAUGGCGCUGCUUCGAAUGGAGCCACCUGUCAACAGAUGAAUCCAACUGUAUUGAGACAAGCUAGGUCAGGUUGCGAUCAGUACGGUUCUCCAUGCAAAUUCUUACUAAGUACAGCGCGUAGGAAGCCACUGUUUGCUCCAAUAGGUAACAUAACUGAGGAGCCACUCUGGUUCAAUGUUGCCGAACGUCGUCGAUGUAUUUCAAACUCAAGUUUAACCAGGCUGGAUGCAGACAGUACCUGUUUGCCAAACGAAAAAUGCAUUAACGGAGAAUGUCGAAUGAAGCUGUGGCCUGGCGAGUACGGUUGUGAAACUGAUGAAGAAUGUUCGGCAAGAUGUACGAAUACGUAUUGUGAAAAAAAGACUGAUAAGAAUGUUGGGCAAUGUCAGUGCAAAGACGGAAUGCUGUUGUACGGUCGAUGCUUUUCUGAUUGUCCAGAUGGUUUCCACGAAAGUGGGGCAUAUUGCAUGCAUGACGAUGAGGAAGGAUUUUGGAAAGAUGCUGAUGCACAAGAGAAGUUAAAAAAUUUGUUAAACGCUGGCAGCUGCUAA